AUGGGCCACCCCACCGCCACCACCGCCGCUCUGCUCUGCCACCUGGGGCUCUCCGCGGCCAUCCAGUGGUUGGGGCUGACGGAGAGCGGGGUGGCCUGGAACCAAAGCCACCACUGCCGGCUGCUGGCCGGGCUGGUGGCCCCGGACCAGUUCCAGAUGUGCCGGAGGAACCUGGAGGUGAUGGGCAGCAUCGUCCGGGCCGCCCGACGAACCAAGAGCCUCUGCCAGAAAACUUUUGGAGACAUGAGGUGGAACUGCUCCUCCAUCCAGAGAGCCCCCAGCUUCGGUCCUGACCUGCUGAAAGGAACUCGGGAAUCUGCCUUUGUCUACGCCCUGGCUGCCGCUGCCCUCACCCACUCCAUCGCCCAAGCCUGCACCUCGGGACAGAUUCCCUCUUGCUCCUGCGGCCCCGUCCCCUCGGAGGUCCCCGGGCCGGAUUUCAGAUGGGGUGGCUGCGGGGACAACCUGCGCUACGGCCUCCAGCUGGGCGCUGCUUUUGCUGACAGCCCCUUAAAAUCCCUCAGGCUGGGGACACAAGCGCUCAAGGCCAUGAAUUUGCAUAACAGUGCUGCGGGGGAGCAGGUGCUGAGUGACUCCCUGGAUACCAGGUGUAAAUGCCACGGUGUUUCAGGCUCCUGCUCAGUGAAGACCUGCUGGAAGGGGCUGGCAAACCUGGAGGACAUUGCCUCUGACCUCAAGUCCAAGUACCUGGCAGCCAUCAAGGUGACCCACCGGGUCCUGGGGCCCAGGAAGCAGCUGAUUCCCAAAGAAGUGGAGGUCAGGCCAGUGAAACAGACAGACCUGGUUUAUCUCAUCAACUCCCCUGACUACUGCACACCAAAUCCCCACCUGGGCUCUCUGGGGACACAGGACAGGCAGUGCAACAAGAGCUCUCUGGGCAGUGACAGCUGCAACCUGAUGUGCUGCGGCCGGGGCUACAACACCUACACGGAGGAGGUGGAGGAGAGGUGUCACUGCAAGUACCACUGGUGCUGCUACGUGGUGUGCAAGAGGUGUGCUCGGAAGGUGGAGAGACACGUCUGUAAAUAA